AUGUCAGCGUUCUCAGUGGCUAUACUUCUCGCUCUCCUUCCCUCACUAACCUCCUCUCUAAAAUGCCAUCAAGUCAACACCGGUAAUCUAUCGAAUCCACCGGAUACUCAGGCUACGGAAUGUGUUGCUGGAAGUUUGGCUUGCACUAAAUUAGUUGACUAUACAAUGAAGACGUUUACCAAGCAAUGCCAGCAAUUCAACUGCACGGUGAGUUUUGAGCUCAGUUUUACAGAGUAAUU